AUGGGAGGCGAACCAGAGGUCAAGGGAAUUAAGGUUGGAGAAUCUAUGGAAGAAACGGGGGAGAUAAAAAAGUUGUGGAUAAUAUAUUUGGAGAGAAAAUAUGAGACGGUUGGUGAGGGCGAGGAAGUGUGUGCAAGGGUAGGGAAGUUUCGGUUUGGCUGGCUACGUGUUGGUGCUUAUGGAAUGCUAGAAACGUAUUGGUUGGCUACACUUUUCUGCAGUAUCAUACCAGUGUUCAAUAUGGCAAGACCAUUAGCAAAAAUAUGUGACAUCAAUGACAGCAAAGAACUUAGGAAAGUUGUUGUUCGUGUGCACCACAAAUGGACAGGUGGUGACAUACAUGUUGUUGUUCCUGCACCGCAUGUAUCUCUUUUUUCUGAAAAGAUGGUCUUGGAUCAUAGUUACACUGUUUCCAAUUUUAAGGUUCAGGCUAAUGUUGCGGCUUUCAGACCUUCGUCUCAUAAGUUUAUGUUGAAGUUUACUGCUGGCACUACGGUUACGGAUGAUAACAACGCUGAAAUACCUCCAAAGCCGUUGGUGUUUACUAAAUUUACUUAUAUAAUAAACGGCAACUUUAACAAGGAUGUGCUAAUAGAUGUCAUUGGUAUGGUGGAAAGUAUUGGGUAUUCACAGACCACAACAGGUGUCCGGAAGCAGCUGAUUAACAUGAUGCUGCGUGACGGGGGUGAGAAUACUAUUAAUUGCACGCUUUGGGAAUCCUAUGCUGAACAAUUCAUGAAGUUCAAGCAGGAGCGCGGAGAUGAUUCGGGUCCUAUAUUUGUCAUGAUUCAAUAUGCUAAAGUCAAGGAACAGGGUAAGUUUCCACUGUCCGUGACAAACACGUUUAAUGUUACCGUCCUUGGUCUGAAUAGUGAUUUGCUGCCGAUGAAAGAGUUUAUAGAAAGUUUUCCGAAGGAUUCCAUGAUUACGUUGUCUGGCCAGGAGGGUUCCAAUUCACAGCUUUCAGCACAGAACUCUGAAAAUCAACAGAUGACUCCCGUACAGUAA